AUGAGGCCAUUAGACGAAGCCGAGACGACUCAAGUAUUCGAGAAGCUAUUCAAAUUCACAGGCAACAAUCUCAAGAACCUCGUCGAUUCUCCAUCACACGAAGGCCCCGAUCAAAACCCAGGUCGCUAUUGCUUCCGUCUCCACAAGAACAGAGUCUAUUACGUCUCGGAAUCACUAGUCAAACGCGCCACCAACGUGAAGCGAGAAAACCUCGUCGCCAUGGGGACCAACAUCGGCAAAUUCACAAAAAGCGGCAAGUUCCAUCUAACGAUUCAGGCCUUGAAUCUGUUGGCUGCUAAUGCGAAGCAUAAAGUGUGGCUAAAACCCACUUCGGAGAUGUCGUUCUUGUACGGGAACGAUGUCGUGAAAGGUGGGUUAGGCAGGAUUACUGAUAACAUCAAUGCGUAUGACGGGGUGGUAGUGUUUUCUAUGUCGGAUUUGCCUUUGGGAUUUGGGAUUGCUGCGAAAUCGACUCAGGAUUGUAGGAAGAUGGACCCUAAUGGGCUUGUGGUUAUUCGCCAGGCUGAUACUGGGGAGUAUUUGAGGAAUCAAGACGACCUUUGA